AGAAGCAAAACAAGCCAACGUGAGGAGGUCAAGAAGUAGUCCCCAGCUCUCGUAUUGCCUCAAGACUGGAUUUAAUCCCAAACUGCAGUUAGGCACACUGUGGUGAAACACUGUCCCGUUUCGAAAGGAGACAACAUCGAGCUGGCACUCCAACAUCUACCUUUAGCACCGGAAACCAGUUAGCUUUGGCAGCUAACGCGAGUUAGCUAAGUUAGCUGUUCCCUCGUUUCUCAUACGCAGCUGACCUCUACCACAACAGACGCGCACUGAGGGGCAUUUAUUCGCUUUAAGGGGUCGUAUUUCCCCUCUCUCUUCACCCCACGCCUCACCAGUUAUUCUCGCUUGGUGCUCCGCGAACGGUUUCCGAAUAUGAUCCACAAUGAGUCAAAGAGACACCUUAGUUCAUCUGUUUGCUGGAGGAUGUGGGGGUACGGUAGGAGCCAUAUUGACUUGUCCAUUGGAAGUCGUGAAGACUCGUCUGCAGUCAUCCUCCAUCACGCUUUAUGUGUCUGAGGUUCAGCUAAGUACUGUCAAUGGGGCCAGUGUGGCCCGAAUAUCUCCACCAGGCCCCUUGCACUGUCUCAGGCUGAUAUUGGAGAAAGAGGGACCUCGUUCUCUUUUCAGGGGCUUGGGGCCAAAUUUAGUGGGUGUGGCACCUUCCAGAGCAAUCUACUUUGCUGCUUACUCCACUGCCAAAGAGAAGCUGAAUGGCGUGUUGGAACCAGACUCCACACAAGUACACAUGGCUUCGGCAGGAAUGGCAGGUUUUACAGCCAUCACAGCAACAAAUCCAAUAUGGCUCAUAAAAACACGUCUACAGUUGGACGCAAGGAACAGAGGAGAGCGGAGGAUGAGCGCGUUUGAGUGCGUGCAUCGAGUAUAUAAAGCAGACGGCCUGCGGGGCUUCUACAGGGGAAUGUCGGCGUCCUACGCCGGCAUCUCAGAGACUGUGAUCCACUUUGUUAUCUAUGAAAACAUUAAGAGGCGCCUCUUGGAAGCAAAGGCACCGCAGAACAUGGACGAUGAAGAGGAUGCGUCAAAAGAUGCUUCAGACUUUGUUGGAAUGAUGCUUGCUGCCGCAACGUCCAAGACCUGCGCAACAACUAUUGCUUAUCCUCAUGAGGUAAUUCGCACCAGGCUACGAGAAGAAGGCACCAAAUACCGCUCUUUUUUCCAGACUCUGACAACAGUGCCCAAAGAAGAGGGCUACCGCGCCCUGUACCGGGGUCUCACCACACAUCUGGUCCGCCAGAUCCCCAACACUGCUAUCAUGAUGUGCACCUACGAGCUGGUGGUCUACCUCUUGAACGGUUAAAGUCUUCCUACAACUUGGGCAGUUAGGAUAACCCUGCCCACGUUGAGAGAUCAAGAAAAGAAAACUGGAUCUCCUGUACACCAGCUAGCACAGCUAACAAUCUGUGUUUGUCAGAAAAGAACAGGGACAGCACCAAAACCUUACAUUGGGGACAAAAGUGGUUGUUAAAAAAUUUAAACCUUUGAGCUUUGUUUAUUAACCAAAACAUGGAAACGUUGGUAUCUGAGUUCAGCUUUGGCAAAGCAGCAGUCCCCUUGUUUAAUCUGUUUUAUCCAUUUUCCCCGUAUGGUUAUGUCACAUUCAGAGAACCUGGCCUGCAGAACAUUCUGACAUAACUCGAAUUAAAAGUGAAUAAAACUUAUCAGUACCUGUGACCCACACAGUUCGUAGCAUUUUAGUUCGGAGUACCAGUUUACGAGCAGCACUAAUCCCUGCGUCCUUCAAGAAAACCAGACGGUCAGAAGCUGCAGAGCAACACAAAUGUUGUGACGUCAGCAAAAACUGGGAGACCUGAGGGUUGAAGAGGCAGGAUGGACAGAAACGUGGGUUAGAUUAGGAGGAGGAGGCUAACAGCUAAUGUGCCUUGUGUGAAAAUGUAAUAGACCAAGAGGCAGAGCAACCAGGAGCUGCAGGGUUCUGUCCCACCUUCCAGUAGGAGUGGCGUAAAUGACGAGACGCACAAGUUUUUAUCAACCAGGUGCACUCUGCGAAAGGUUUUCAACAUCUCGUUGAAUACAAGAGUGUGUUUCUACAAAGUAUUUAUAUAUAUAUAUAUGAUUUAAAUCUGCUUGCUUCUGAUAACUGAGGUGUGUUAUGACUUCGACCUCUGAAUUGGUGUGUUUGUGUUAACCAUAUGUGGGAAAGAAAAUGUCAAACUAAAGCCCAUUAACUUCUAAAAUGUACAUAAUCGGAGAGAGAAACCUUUGUGACAGAAAGAGUAUAACGUGAAGUAGAAGUUAAUAUAAAUAACUAAUUUUAAUAAAUUGUAAUUAAAAUAUAGAUAUGUACUUAUAUGCAUAUAAUCUACAAAUUGUGAAUGUGUUGCUGUUAAUAACUUGAUUUUUGGAAGAAAAAAAAAUUUGAGUGCAUUUUCUCCACAGGAGAGCAGACUUAUGUCAAAAUGUUCACGUUCCAGUAGCUCUUUUCACCUGAACCGUCAUCUCAUCUUGGUGUCCUCUCCUCCUUGUAGCGAAGCCAGGCUGGUCUUCCAGGCGAGGACAAUCCCUCUUGAGUUUACGCCUCAAAACUUGUAGUUUAGUGAGCGUGUUGGGGUAAAGUGGCCAUGAACAUGCUCGUUAUAAACGCACAGUCAAUAAACGCACACGGGUGUGUUGUUUUUGUGAUCAGUCGAACGCUGAGCAUUUCAUGAGCUUAAAUCAACCCGGCUGUUAAUUGCAUUUUAUUAAAGGUUGAAGUCCGGUGUUUUCUGUACACGAAUGUGUUUUGAAUGAAUGAACUUCUUGCCCCCGCUCCUUAAAAUAUUUGUUUAUUUUAAUUCUUUCUAAGAGCACACAUAGCCGAAGCUGUUAAUGUGACUUAAUUUAAAGCCCCAGAUUUCCCAGGGUACCACACGACAAAUUGUACGUUUCCCUCCCGAUGUGCAGUGUUUUAGUGUACUUAGUACAGUAU